AUGGACGAAACCGACCAAACACCACCGCCGCCGCCGCCGCCGCCGACGACGACGACGUCGACCUUUCUCCCGCCCUCGAUCCACCGCGAAGCCCUCGUCGCUGGCUCAUCAUUCACGCACUUCUCGCCCGUCCCCCCCACCCUCCUCACGCCCACGUCCGCCUCCGACCCAGCCUCGCUUCCCCCCCUCUGCCUCGGCGUCGACGAAGCCGGCCGUGGCCCCGUGCUCGGCCCCAUGGUGUACGGCAUCUUCUACCUCCCGCUGCCCCUGUCCGACCCCCUCCUCCGGACGACGCACCACUUCGACGACUCCAAGGUGCUCACGGCCGCGGCGCGCUCCUCGCUCAUGCAGACCCUCUGCACGCAAGACACCGACCUCCACGCCAACUGCGGCUGGGCCACGGCGGCCCUCUCGGCGCGCGACAUCUCGGCCAACAUGCUCCGCCCGCUCGGCGUGUACAACCUCAACGCGCAGGCCAUGGACGCCACCAUUGCCCUGAUCAAGGGCGCCUUUGACCGCGGCCUCAACAUCCGCGAGAUAUACGUCGACACCAUCGGCCAGCCGGCCACGUACCAGGCCAAGCUGCAGCGCGUCUUCCCCACGACCAGCAUCACCGUCGCCAAAAAAGCAGACAGCCUGUACCCCUGCGUGAGCGCCGCCUCGGUGUGCGCCAAGGUGACGAGGGACGCCGCGCUCGAGGUCUUGUACGACGCGCGCCGGGACGAGGACGCCGCCGUCGACGGCGCGCCCCCCAUGGAAUGGGGCUCCGGGUACCCCUCCGACGCGAGGUGCGUCAACUGGCUGAGGAGGAACAUGCACCCCGUGUUUGGCUGGGGCCCCGAAUGCAGGUUCAGCUGGGGGACGGCAAAGGACAUGCUCGAGUCGGGGGGCGGCGUCAAGGUCCAAUGGCCCGCGGAGGAGGGAGAGGGCGCCGACUCCAUGAGGGUGACGGAUUUCUUAGUCGCCGGCCGUGGCGAGGACAAGAAUGAGUUGGGCGGGUGGUACGGCUCGCCGGUCGGACCGGCGGCGUUUUGA